AGCGGGCUAUCGAAUAUAGCAGACGAACGAAUACUCCUGUGAUAGCUCCGUAUGGCAGUUUGAUGAAGGAAAUUUGUAAAGAUUACCCAAGUACCUGCCAUAAUCACACAUUAUCAAUGAACAGCAAAAUAUUGUAGAAAAUCAGGAACAACUAGAAAUAUAAUAGAUAAGCAUUCUACAACAAAGAAACUUUUGUUGACAAGGAAUAUGGACUAACGAAGAGACCAAAGCAUUUUUAAAGCUUAUAUUUCUAGAAAGGAGGAGUUUCGGAAUGUAUGUACGUAAAAGAAUUUGCUAUGCAGAAUGUUUUGCUGAUUUGGAGGUCAAGGUAUUUGGUAAGUUUGACUACUUAUUUAUUUGAAAUAUCUAUCAGAUACUUGUAACAGUUCUAUUCCUAUUUUUGUAUUACAGAGCCAGACCAACGGUGGACAUGCUCUCAACUAAAUUUAGAAACUUGUUAAAGCGUAUAACAGGUAAUCAACAACACCAAAUGGAGAACUGCCGCUCCAUGUAUAGCUCCGUUUACGGAUUUGAUGGAUGAAAUAUUUUCGAACAAUAAAAGUAAUCAAAAGCAACUCCGUUAUGUAUGGGCAACCACCAUACAAUCCGACCUCAUUAAAUAAAAUUGGCCAACGAAUUUCACCUGGCGGUAGAAUCAGAAGAGAAACAUUUACUAGAUAAGCAAAUUUUCAGUAACAGGCGAAUUUGGACGUCGGUGAGACGAAGCAUUUUUAAAUGCUUAUAUUCAGAAUGGAGGAAUUUCGAAAUAAAGAUACAAAGAAAUUUGCUAUGCAGAAUGUGCUACAUGACUUAGAGAGUCAAGGUGUUUUGAGGCAGCCUACAACGGUAAAUAUGCUCUCAACGAAAUUGAAAAAUUUGAUCAGAGCAUACAAGCAAGGCAUCGACAAUAACAGUCAAACAAAUUCUUCCUGUAAAACUCCGUAUGCAAAUUGGAUGAAGAAAAUUUUUGCAGAUAACCCAAGUAUUUCAAAAACAUUACCUCAAUUUAUAUGACAAUCGUUAAGCAAUACGCCCACAUUAUCCGAGGAGCAGUUAUUGCCCAACUGGUGUACAAAUGUAGAAACAGACCAUAAGAAAUUUCCGCGACAGUCCACCCUGUACAAUCGGGAUGUACACGGAAACGGACAAGGAAAGAUAACUUGUCAUCCUUCCCAAAAUAUUGGAACAUGUUCUAUACCAUUAUCCCAACAACCUCAGCCACCGAUGAGUCAAGAGAUAAAUCCCCAGACAAAACGCAAAAGUGUUAUGACAAGAGAAUUUGGACUAGGAGGGAGACCAGACAUUUUUGAGGACAUAUAUUUCUAGAAAGAAUGAAUUUAGGAAAGUAGGAAAAAGAAGUUUGCUAUGCGCAAUGUACUACAUGACUUGAAAGAAAGGGGUUUUGAGUCAGACCACAACGGUGGACAUGCUCUCAACAAAAUUGAAAAACUUGGUCAGAGCACACGAGCGAGCUAUCGAAUAUAGCAGACGAACGAAUACUCCUGUGAUAGCUCCGUAUGGCAGUUUGAUGAAGGAAAUUUGUAAAGAUUACCCAAGUACCUGCCAUAAUCACACAUAUCCAAUGAACAGCAAAUAUUGUAGAAAAAUCAGAACAACUAGAAAUAUAAUAGAUAAAGCAUUCUACACAAAGAAACUUUUGUUGACAAGAGAAUAUGGACUAACGAAGAGACCAAAGCAUUUUUGAAUGCUUAUAUUUCUAGAAGAGGAGGAUGUUCGAAUGUUCGUAAAAGAAAUUUGCUAUGCAGAAUGUUUUGUCUGAUUUGGAGAGUCAAGGUAUUUUGAGCCAGACCACAACGGUGGACAUGCUCUCAACUAAAUUUAGAAACUUGCUUAAAGCGUAUAAGCAGGUAAUCAACAACACCAAACGGAGAGCCGCUCCCUGUAUAGCUCCAUUUACGGAUUUGAUGGAUGAAAUAUUUUCGAACAAUAAAAGUAAAUCAAAAAGCAACUCCGUUAUGUAUGGGCAACCACCAUACAAUCCGACCUCAUUAAAUAAAAUUGGCCAAACGAAUUUCCACCUGGCGGUAGAAUCAGAAGAGAAACAUUUACUAGAUAAACAAAUUUUUAAUGACAGGCGAAUUUGGACCAUUGGUGAGACCAAAGCAUUCUUAUGUGCAUAUAUUUCUAGAAAGGAUGAGUUUCUGCAUGUGCGUAAAAAGAAGUUUGCAAUGCAGAAUGUGUUACUUGACUUAGAGAGCCAAGGAGUUUUGAGACAACCUACAACUGUGCAUAUGCUCAAAACAAAAUUUAAAAAUUUAGCCAGAACUUACAAGCAGAGCAUCGGCAAUAAAUUUCGUGUCAGUGGACCAUUUGCUGAUUUGAUGGAGGAAGUAUUUGGAGGUAAUACAAUUGCCACCAACGAACACAUUAUUUAUUUGUAUGGUCAACCAUUGAGCAAUACGUCCAUAGUAUCUGAGGAGGAGUCAUAGGUCAAUUAUUCGAAAAGAUAUAUAAUAUCUUUAGAUAUUCCGUUAAAACAACAAGCACAAUAUAUAUAAUACAUACAAUAUUUACAAAAGAAAAAUAUUAUCUGAGGAACUUAAAGAACGCCCCACGCGUUGUUACAAAAAACCUAAAACAAAAUAAUGCCACACUUGAAGAAAAUUAAAUGUAAUUGCUGGAUGUUGUUGUGUAGUAAUUAUAUCAUUUAAGAUUUGUACAUGGUGUUUUCUUCUUUUACCGCUCAAGCCAGGGGAAUCCGGGAUUGAAAUCACCUCACAGGUUGCAAAUAAUGCAUUAAAUAAAAAAUUGAAUUAACGUUUGAA